AUGGCCAGUGUUACGGAAGCUGUGAAGGAACAAUUCCUCGGAUCCUCAGAGCAACCCCAGCUCUCGAGUCAGGCACGCGCCAAUUUCAAUCGUCAUGCGCAAAAGGACGAGAAUGGUGACCUGUUCAUGAGCGAGGAGAACUUCAUCAACGCCGUGGCACCCAAGCAGGAGGACUAUCACAAGAUCAAGCGCGAGCAAUAUGGCAUCCUCUUUAACGUCGCAGACCGACGCAGGGCUGGCAAGCUGAACAUCUCCGACUGGGCCUCCUUCGAAAACCUCCUCGCCAAGCCUGACGCCGAGUACGAGAUCGCCUUCCGCCUCUUCGAUUUCGAUGGAACCGGUAGUGUCAAGUUCGAUACCGUCCAGGGCCUGUACAACCUGAACAAGAGUGCCGAGAGCAUUCCCUUCGAUUGGGACUCGGAAUGGGCCUCGCUGUACGGAGGUCGCUCCAAGACCCGCCAUGACAUGACCUACCCCCAAUUCGCGCAGAUGCUGCGCGGCCUCCAGGGGGAGCGAAUUCGUCAGGCCUUCCACAUCUUCGACAAGGACGGUGAUGGGUUCAUCCAGCCCGAGGACUUCCAGCGCAUCAUCCUCGAGACCUCAAAACAUAAGCUCUCCGACCAUGUCCUCGAGAACCUCCCGACCCUGUGCAACAUCUCCACCAGCAACCGCAUCUCCUACGCCAAUGUCCGGGCGUUCCAGAAUGUCAUGCGCGAGAUGGAUAUCAUCGACAUGAUCGUUCGCGAGGCCACCAAAAAGAGCACCGACGGCAAGAUCACUCGUUCCGAUUUCCUGAAUGAGGCCGCCCGCCUCACCCGUUUCUCCCUCUUCACCCCCAUGGAAGCCGAUAUCCUCUUCCAUUUCGCCGGCCUCGAUGCCCCCUCUGGACGUCUCGCCCAGAAGGAUUUCGCCAAGGUCAUCGAUGCCUCAUGGCGCAUCCCCGUGGUCGCGGCCCGUCAGGCCGCGGCUGCUGGUCAGGAAGUCGCCGAGAAGACCAAGGGUCUGCUGCACAGUGUUUUGGAGUCUGCUCACCACUUCGCCCUGGGUAGUAUUGCUGGUGCAUUUGGUGCCUUCAUGGUCUACCCCAUCGAUCUGGUGAAGACCCGUCUCCAGAACCAGCGCUCUUCUCGGCCCGGUGAGAGACUGUACAACAACUCCAUCGAUUGCGCCCGGAAGGUUAUCCGCAACGAGGGUUUCACCGGUCUUUACUCCGGUGUCAUCCCGCAGCUGAUUGGUGUUGCGCCUGAAAAGGCCAUCAAGCUGACUGUGAACGACCUGGUUCGUGGUUUCUUCACAGACAAGGACACCAAGCGCAUCAAGUACUUGCACGAGGUUGUAGCUGGUGGUACAGCCGGUGCCUGCCAGGUCGUUUUCACCAACCCUCUUGAAAUUGUCAAGAUUCGUCUGCAGGUCCAGGGUGAGAUCGCCAAAAAUGUCGAGGGUGCCCCUCGUCGUUCGGCCCUGUGGAUCGUCAAGAACCUGGGUUUGAUGGGUCUGUACAAGGGAGCCAGCGCAUGUCUUCUGCGCGAUGUUCCCUUCUCCGCCAUUUACUUCCCCACCUACUCUCACCUGAAGAGCGAUUUCUUCGGUGAAACCGAAACCAACAAGCUGGGUGUUGUCCAGCUUCUUACCGCCGGUGCUAUCGCCGGUAUGCCCGCCGCAUACCUGACCACACCCUGCGAUGUCAUCAAGACCCGUCUCCAAGUCGAGGCUCGCAAGGGUGACACCAAGUACACCGGUCUCCGACACUGCGCCACAACCGUGUGGAAGGAAGAAGGACUCGCCGCCUUCUUCAAGGGCGGCCCCGCCCGUAUCAUGCGUUCUUCCCCUCAAUUCGGUUUCACUCUUGCUGCCUACGAAGUCCUGCAAAAGGCCCUUCCCAUGCCUGGUGAGGGCGACGCCAUCACUCCCACUGGCCAUGUUGAGCCUGGUCUCGGUGGCCAGGGUGCCAAGGCCCCUCUGCCUUACCUCCGAUCAAGGAAUGCACUUAAGCUCAUCCUCGAUCUGGACCAGAACAUUGGCCGGGUGCAGGUCCCGCGGCCUGAAAACUGGCCCAAGUUCCUGCAGAGCUCCAAAUAG